AUGCUUGGACUGGUUGAGUGCUCACUUGGAGGCAACAGGCUCACUGGUGCAAUCCCUCUAUCCAUCUUCAGCCUCACCAAUCUUGCCUUGCUAGUCGCUGCGCACAACAGCAUCAGUGGCAGCAUACCAGAGUCCAUUGACAGCACCAUCCACCUUGAAAUAUUGUCCAUAUGGAAGAACAACCUGUCAGGCAGCAUUCCCGAGUCCAUUGGCAGCCUCACCAAGCUCAGCAGCCUGUCAGUGCCCUCCAUUAUCAACCCCUUACUACUGGCUUGA